AAACAUCUCUAUAUAUAUGUUUUCAGACUCCUUAAUGUUAUGCAAUCUGGCCCAGAAACCGGUGACCCACAUCCGGAACGUUAAACGUCUCCUCGGCUUUUCUUGAGGUGGAGAGCUCCAGAUGGCAACUUCCGUUUCCGGUUCGCUCCGGCUGGAAGGUUGAAUAGUGUGUGUCCUGAGAGGUCAGAUUGCUGUCAGAAAUGGGCUCUGGACAUGAACAUGGACUUGGACAUGGACAUGGACAUAGUAAAAUUGAACUUCCAGAUCAUAGACAGUGGAAAAUAGAAGGGACACCACUAGAAGCUAUGCAGAAGAAGCUGGCUCAACAAGGACUAAGGGAUCCAUGGGCCCGCAAUGAAGCUUGGAGAUACAUGGGUGGCUUUGCAAACACCUAUUCCUUUCUUGGUGUGAUAUUUAAAGGUUUCAAGUUGGGAUUUGCUGCAUUCGUGAUAGCAGCUGGGGCUGAAUAUUUGUUUGAAUCUCACAAUAACAACAACAAUGACCACUAAAGAUAAUACAUGGGGGUAUCUUAUGACUUCAUAACUCUCAUAAGAAUAAUAUAUCCUCACUGAAGCCUGCUUAUCUCUGUGGUUGUUCCUUAAUAAAGUAGUAAAAAACA